UGUACGGCGAGGGUAUCCCAUGCUUGCGUGUCAACUUCUCCACCGCUUCCCUUCCUUCCAUGGAGAUUCUGCUAUUUCGAAUGCCUUUUUGGUUUCAGUUUUGAAUUUUCUUCUCACAAACACAAAUAACACGCCAAUCUGACUCCAUUAAUUUUUGACGCAAACUUUGAUUUAGUAAUUUCAGAUCCUUACGUAUUCGCAGCUUCGUUACUUGUCCUGCUAAACCCAAUAAUUAAUUAAGCAGACAUAUGUUACGAUAACGUAUUCUCUGUGGUUGUGGGUUUGGAUUCACUGUCGCACAUUAACAACAUGCUCAGAUCACUGCCCAAGCUCUCACUCCUCUUUUCCUCAGCUAGGAAUCCUCGUUAUCUUACAAGUGCUCAGCGUUUCACAUCUCAAGGGAGAAGACCAACUUCAAGAGUCAAGAUUGGAGCGGCAACCACUCUUUCUAUACUAUCUAAGUCAACUUCAACAAUUUCAUCUGCAAUUGCCUCAGAAACUGCCGCAGAAGAUCAAGUUCAACAGAUCAAGCUACUAACAUCAACUGAUGAUAAAUACGGUGGUGUUACUGUGGAACUGAAUCAUCCUAUGGAUUCUUCAGAAUUUAUCCAAGUCCUUAGAGCUUCAGUUUCUCACUGGAGGCAGCUGGGCAAGAAAGGUGUUUGGAUAAAAUUACCUAUUCGUUUAGCCGGUCUAGUUGAAGCUUUAGUUAAGGAGGGGUUUUGGUAUCAUCAUGCAGAACCAAAUUAUUUAAUGCUUGUAUAUUGGAUUCCUGACAGUCCAAGUACUAUUCCUGCAAAUGCCACACACAGGGUGGGGGUUGGUUCAUUUGUCAUGAAUGAAAAACAAGAGGUCCUGGUUGUUCAGGAGAAUAGUGGACUAUUUCAAGGAACUGGAAUUUGGAAAUUCCCUACUGGAGUUGUUGAUCAGGGAGAAGAUAUUUGUGUAGCAGCAGUAAGAGAGGUCAAAGAAGAAACAGGAGUUGAGUCAGAAUUUGUUGAAGUAUUAGCCUUCAGACAAAGUCAUAAUUCAUUCUUUGAGAAGUCAGACUUAUUCUUCGUGUGCAUGUUGCGGCCUCUUUCUUUUAACAUCCAAAGACAGAGAUUUGAGAUACUGGAUGCACAGUGGAUGCCAUUUGAGGAAUAUGCAGCUCAACCAUUCGUCCAAAAGAGUGAGCUUUUGAAGUACAUAAAUGAUACAUGUUUGGCAAAGAUGGGUGGACAAUAUUCUGGAUUUUGUCCUAUAUCUACGUCAUCGAACUUUUCUGAUCAAAAGAAUUAUUUGUACUUGAAUGCUGGGACCUUAAAGAGCUCCUAUUCUUCCUGAGCAUCAUCACAGAUUAAAGGACAUUCAAUUACUUUAUAUCAUUCAUUAUGUGAACAUGCUGGUCUUCAUCAGGGAAGCCAAAUUUGAAAGCAAUUUCAUUGAUGAUAAAAUUUAGUUUCUGUCAAGAAUGGUUAGAAAAAAAGUUAACAUUCAACAAACGAUCAUUUUUCACGCUAUACAUGAUCAUUCAAUGCAUUAUAUUUUCUUCUUUAAUAAACACUUGUAAAUGUUUAUUCAAAUUGAUCUAUACAACAGAAGUGAGUGACUGUGACUGUGUGUAUGAUGGUCAUGGCACUGCAAGUUAUUUGGAGUCAUGCAGACAUCAUAAAAGAACUUGCAUGAAUGUUGACAUCAUCCGUGACUUUGGAAGCAGCUUGUUAGUGCUGAUUGUCAUGCGCGCACAUUUGGUCCAGUGCACAAGAUUAUUUGAUUAGUUCCAAAUUGCUGAAAAGCUAUGUUGAGUGGAGUGGACCAAUCACUUCCCAGUUUUGCUCCUCCUCUUUCCAAACAUUAAUUUUUUAUGCUGAGUUAGACCAAAAAAAAAUCUUUAAAUAAGUUUGUCAUCAUUGAGUUUAUAGGAAUAGUAGUAUAUUCAGUGUAAGAAGAUCAUACAGUACAAUCUAGUGAAACUAGAAAGAUACACUUCAGUAUUGUUACAGAAAGAUGUCAGUACUUUGUGAUUAUAUAUGAUGAAAUGACAUUUAUCUUA